GCGGAAAAGAGAAAUGACUUAAAGCAAAUUGUGUGCGGACAAAGUGGAAAAAUUAUGAAUAAGUGAUGAAAUUUUUUCGUCAUUAAACUAUUUAUUUCGAUUAUUUAGUAUCAAUUGAAUAUUGGGAACAUUUAACUAACAAUAUCAUAUAAAUCUAAAUUGAAAAUAAUAAACAAUUCCUUCGACCUCACACGUUAAAAAAUUGUGACGUAAAGACGACAUUUGAGAAUGGUCGUUAUUGUCUUACAUUAGCUUCUGAAAUUUGUAAAUGAAAUGAAAGGGGGAAGAAAAAACAAUAAUAAUAUAGUCUUAUACAAAUUAGCCAUAAGUAACACACAUAUAUAGGUAUAUGUUAAAAUUAUUCAGUUUAAAGGCGCUGAAAGAAAUUAAAUAAACUACUGUUACACAAAUGUAUUUUGAACAGUUAUUGCGAGGUGGCAAACAAAAGACAAAAUCUUGCGUGGGAAUGACCGUAAUGGCCAAGACUUCAAUUGCAGAAAUAUGUGAAAAUGCUAAAUUGGCACGCGACAUGGCCCUAACCGGUAAUUAUGAUUCUGCUUCCAUUUAUUAUGAAGGCCUGCAAGGUAUGUUAGCACGAAUGAUCAGUUCAACGGCCGACCCGCUUAGAAAAGGCAAAUGGACUAUGAUUAAACAACAAAUCACUAAGGAAUAUUCACAGAUAAAAGAUAUUCAACGUACGUUGUCUGAAAUGACGUUAGAUUUACAAACAUCUCAAUUCGCUUCGAAAUUUAAAAGUCAAACUAGUGAAAUGGAAACAAAAGACCCGGCAUCUUGGUUUAAACCAGAUCCGGAUAUCUGGACGCCGCCGCCAAAAGAUCCAGAUGUUUGGGGACCACCGCGACCUGAAAAACCGAUUAUACCAAAUCGCAACCGUAAUAUAACGGGCAAGAAAGGUUCAGCAACAGCAAAAAGUUCUACAUCUAAUCGGGGCAGUGUUGUGGGGGUAAAUAAUGGUCCCAGUAGAAAGUCCACAAAUAUGGUUUCUUCAGCGCGAUCAACUGUUGUCAACGGCAGCAGUCGUGGCUUAGGAACAAACCGUAAAUCCAUCGUAAGCGGAGCAAAUUCGGCCUCCUCUAAUAAAGACGACAAUAGUUCAAAUAAAGAUAAUGAUGAAAUUAGAGAUGAUGAAUCUCCAGAGCAAGAUGAUAAAGAAGAAAAAAAAUUUCAACCCAGCAGUCACAUUGAAGCCGAAUUAGUUGAUAUUUUAGAGCGCGAUAUUUUACAACGUAACCCAAAGGUGCGCUGGAAUGACAUUGCCGACUUAAUGGAUGCAAAGCGUUUAUUAGAAGAGGCUGUUGUUUUACCAAUGCUUAUGCCAGACUAUUUUAAGGGUAUACGUAGACCAUGGAAAGGUGUGCUGAUGGUAGGUCCCCCAGGCACUGGAAAAACGAUGCUAGCGAAAGCCGUGGCCACUGAGUGCGGCACCACAUUCUUCAAUGUAUCCUCAUCGACGUUAACUUCCAAAUAUCGUGGCGAAUCGGAAAAAAUGGUACGCUUACUAUUCGAAAUGGCACGUUUUUAUGCGCCCAGUACCAUUUUCAUCGAUGAAAUCGAUUCGCUGUGCUCACGUCGUGGCUCCGAAUCUGAGCAUGAAGCUUCGCGACGUGUUAAAUCUGAAUUACUGGUACAAAUGGAUGGUGUUGGCAGCGAGGAGGCAAAUAAAGUCGUAAUGGUUUUAGCUGCUACGAACUUUCCAUGGGACAUUGAUGAGGCUUUAAGAAGACGUUUAGAAAAACGUAUUUAUAUACCUUUACCUUCGGACGAGGGACGAGAAGCGUUAUUAAAAAUCAAUCUAAGAGAAGUUAAAAUAGAUGAGAGCGUAAAUUUAUCAGUGAUUGCCAAAAAACUAGAAGGCUAUUCAGGCGCAGAUAUCACUAAUGUUUGCAGAGAUGCUAGCAUGAUGUCUAUGCGCCGUCGAAUUGCUGGUCUUACUCCCGAAGAGAUACGACAACUGGCCAAAGAGGAAGUGGAUUUGCCAGUUUCGAAUCAAGACUUUUCUGAAGCGAUUAGUCGUUGCAAUAAAAGCGUAUCACGGGCUGAUUUGGAAAAAUAUGAAAAAUGGAUGGCUGAAUUUGGAUCAUCAUGAUGUCCUUACAUCGUCAAUCAGCGACGUAUGCUGCUGUAAAUGUAUAGCAGUCGGUCGGUCUUGUGUGAAGGUUUUUACUUCCCUUCAUUUCUUCAGUUAAUUUGCAAAUAAUUUCAUUCGCUUUCCCCUAAGCAAAAUAUUAAACAUUAACUGUGGAAACCUUAGCCAAGCUAAAUAUUAAAUUAGAAAAAAAAAAAAGAAAAAA